CAAUCUUCCUUGUUUCGACAAGAAAAGAAAAGAAAAGGUCAAAAUGGUUGAUUGUUUGUCUGAUUUUUUUGACGAACCUGAGUUGGCCGAGGAUGAUCUCUUCGCUAUUUUUGAGAGUUUAGAUAGCGUCACGGACUUCCCUCCAGUUACGCUGUUGGAUGAAACUGUUGUAAUAAGCUCCUAUCAACAAGAAAAGGGCGCAAGAUUGGUGUCACAGAAGUCUACUUCUUCAAGUAUUCUGCAAGAGUCUGAAACUGAGCUUGAAACUUCACCCAAGAGCAAGAGGCAGAAGAUUAAUAAUGCUGCCACCAAUUCCUCUGAUGAAGCGCUCCCGGAUGGACAACAAAGGAUGUCUCACAUAACGGUGGAGCGUAACCGGAGAAAGCAAAUGAACGAGCACCUCUCAGUGUUGCGAUCUCUUAUGCCUUGCUUCUAUGUCAAAAGAGGAGAUCAAGCUUCUAUAAUUGGAGGUGUUGUUGAUUACAUCAAUGAGUUGCAGCAAGUUCUUCAAUCACUUGAAGCCAAGAAGCAAAGAAAAGUUUACAGUGAGGUUUUAAGCCCUAGAAUAGUUUCAAGUCCAAGACCUUUACCACUUAGCCCUAGAAAACCGCCGCUCAGUCCGAGAUUGAACCUACCUAUAAGUCCGAGAACUCCACAGCCGGGAAGCCCUUACCGGCCGAGGUUGCAGCAAGGUUACCUAUCUCCAACUAAGCCGAGUUCCGUUGAACCAUCCCCUUGCUCUUCAAGUACUUCCUCCAUUGACAGUAUUAAUGAGCUCGUUGCCAAUUCAAAGUCUGCCAUUGCUGAUGUGGAGGUGAAGUUUUCUGGCCCAAACGUUCUUUUAAAGACGGUUUCCCCAAGAAUUCCUGGCCAGGCUGGGAAAAUAAUAGCCGCUCUUGAAGACCUCUCCCUGGAGAUUCUCAAUGUGAACAUCAACACUGUUGAUGAAACCAUGCUUAACUCCUUCACAAUCAAGAUUGGAAUUGAAUGCCAACUGAGUGCGGAGGAGCUUGCUCAACAAAUUCAACAGACAUUCUGCUAAGUCUGUCUACUAAUGAUAGUUUCAGUCUCAGGUCCCAACCCUAACAGGAAGUUUCGAAGAAGAUUUGCAUAAAUAAAUGAAAUGUGGUAGACAUUAACCGGCAUUUCUAUUGACCAAUUUAUAUAAUUAAAUUUGUACGUAGAUGAUUAGAAGUGUCAUGACUUGUUUUAGCUAGU